AUGGACAGUUAUCAUAAGAUAGUACUUCCACUCUCCAAAGACGAAUGGCUUGUGGAUUCAUAUGUAGAUGCCAGCGGACAGCUGCGACUCGGCAGCUUGUUCCAAGACCUUGAUGCGCUCGCAGGCUUGGUCUCCUAUAAGCAUACUGGACCUGGCACAGCAAAUGUGACCGCUGCGGUGGAUAGGAUAUCUAUCAUCAACCCGUUGGAAGAUUUCUGUGACCUUGAGCUUAGCGGGUUCGUUUUUUUUGUUGGAAAUUCUUCCAUGGAAGUUUCGAUCGAGGCUAGAAAAGCUGGACACCCGGGGGAUGGCGGGUUAUUGUUAUCUUGCGCAUUCACGAUGGUUGCUCUAAACCCGGAGACUAAAAAACCUACCCAAGUAAGCUCGUUGAUAGCCGAGACACUAGAGGAGAAAGCCAUAUUCCGUCGUGGGGAAGCCAACAAGACGGCUAAAAAAGCCAUCACGAGGGCCUCCCUAACAACCCAAGCACCAACACUGGAAGAAUCACUCCUAAUCCAUAAGACGUACCUAACCCACCUCCAAUACACAGACCUCGAGAACCCCCUUCCAAAGCCCGAGACGACAAUAUACAUGUCUGAAACCAGCAUCUCCAGCACUGCAAUCAUGCAGCCGCAACACCGCAACCGCCACUCUUUCAUGAUCUUCGGCGGUUACCUUUUGAAAGAGACCAUGGAGCUGGCUUUCUGCUGCUGCUCCGCGUUUGCCCAUUGCCGGCCUACCUUCCUCUCGCUAGAACCGAGCACAUUUGACGCGCCGGUCCCUGUAGGGAGUAUAUUGUAUCUGAAGGCUACAGUAGGGUACACCGAGCAUCGGAAAGGGGGGUCAAGGGUUCAGGUUUCAGUUCAGAGCUCGGUGAGGGAUGUUGCCCAUGGGUCUUUCACUGGGGCGGGGGUAUUCAAUUAUACGUUCUUUGUGGAAAGGGAGUUGGAGGUUAUGCCCAUUACGUAUUCUGAAUUCUUCUGUACUAAUGUUGAUUUUUGCUAG